UCUAAAAAGAACAUAAUCCCGAAGACAGACUUUGUAGUUCGUUCUCUAUAUAAGGUGGGCUUUUGUUCUAGCUUAAAGAAACCUUCUUCAAAUUUCUUUUCUACUUUCUCUUCCAUGUCGAUUUCUGGUAUCCAAGGUCGAAUUCUUGAAGUUACGGUUGUUGGUUGUACCAAAUUGAAAGACACGGAAUGGAUUUCAAGGCAAGAUCCCUACGUUUGUGUUGAAUAUGCUAGCACGAAAUACCGUACAAGAACCUGUAAAGAUGGAGGUAAAAAUCCUACGUUUCAAGAGAAAUUUGUGUUUACAUUGAUAGAGGGGUUACGGGAGUUGAAUGUUUUGGUAUGGAAUAGCAAUACCGUGUCUCAUGACGAUUUCAUCGGCAGUGGAAAGGUACAAUUGCAGAAAGUUUUGUCCAGUGGCUUCGAUGAUGGCUCUUGGCCACUUCAAACUAAAACUGGCAGGCAUGCGGGAGAAGUUCGACUAAUAAUGCACUAUGCUAAUGCCAAUAAGCCAGCAACGGGCCAUGCUCCAUCAGCUCCCCCCGCAGUAGCUGCACAUGUACCUCAAGUCCCUAAUUUUUCAGCACCUCCUCCAUUUGUAUCUUCUUACACCCAGUCAACAUCGGCUUACCCUGCACCAGCUCCUCAUUCUUCCUACCCUCCUCACAAUUCAGCAGGGUACCCGCCACCUCCAUAUUAUCCUCCUCAGCAAACUCCUUAUCCUUCACCGUAUGCGCCACCUUCAACAUACCCUCCAACAUCCUACCCUCCGCCAGCACACGACCCACACUAUUAUCCUCCAGGUUCAUAUCCUCCUCCUCCGUCGUAUCCUCCACCACCAUACUGAGACGAGCUCGCUGGAGCCUGGAUGUGGAUUGCUUAGAACAAUAAAAUAAUCAGCUGUAGGGAUGAGGAACUAUUUGAAUGGUUCUAUCGAAUUCUUGAGUCUGCUGUAAAAAAACUGUGUUUUCAUGAAAACGGAAAAAUGUACCAAGGCAAUAUUUUGAAUGAAUAUUUUCAGUUUGCAUGUUAUUUGAUUUUGAAA